UUUCGAUUUUUGCGAGCUUCUACUGUUACCUUCCGUCAGUGGAAAUAAUGGUGUGCAAAUGUAUGAUAAUACAGUGAAUUAAUAAUAACCUACAUGCUGAGGUAGGAAAAAGCUAUUCCUGGAAGAAACACUCUAGUCUAGGCUGGUCAGUCUUGUUCUACAGUUCGUCAACCAAUAUAUCAAAUUCUUCUAAAUCAGUCGGAAUUUGAAGUCUGAUUUGCAUUUGUCCACAAGCAUCAUCGGAUUACUUCCAAAAUUGAUAACCAAUCGAUUCCAUGUCAUUUUCGCCUGACUGGUGAUUUGACUUGCACUCCGCUCUCAGCUCAACUUUUCUGCACUGCAACUGGUUCUAGUGCCAGUGCAAAACCACCAACAAAGAACAUAAUUUAAUUCAGAAGCGAGCGGAAAAUUGCCAUCGAUAUCCAUACCGCUUGCAAUAUCCAUUUUUCACAGCGAAUUUUCCAUCCACAAUUUGCACCAACACACAAGCGGACGGCGGGAGUGAAAAACCUCUGAGCAACUGAGAGAAAAUUCUCACCCACCGAACGCGAAUCAGGAUAUGAUGAUGCACGCCGUGGUUGUGUUUGUGUGAGUGUGUGUGGUACAAUUUGGAAACAGUAGCAGUAGUAUUAGUUGCGAGGAAAAAUUUGUAGUGAGAGAAAUUUGCAAGGAGCGCUAGUGAGAUCGUGAGCAGAAAAUUUUGCCUCAGUGAAAGUGCGUAUUCUUGCGCCGAGCAGGGGGUGCCGUAGCGAAACGUGUGGUUUAGAAGCAACAGCGCAACCUGUGCUAGUUUUCUGGAACAAGACACAGCAGAGCGAAGAAAACGCAGUGAAAAUACGAUAGGAUUUCAUCAGUGCAAAAAAAAAGAGCAGUCAUAGUGCGUUGCCUAGAUUCGGUGGUAAUUUGUGCGGUGAGUGUAAGUUAUUUUGCGGAGUAGGCGAGGAAAAAUAGUGAACCGUCGUCAUCAUGGCCGAGGAGGAGAACACCUUGGACGAGAUGCCCGAGAACGAGAACAAGUUCGCGAUGCGGAACCGCGGCCGCAAGGGAGCGCUGAAGAAGAAGAACGUCUAUAAUGUCAAGGAUCAUCGCUUCAUCCCGCGCUUCUUCAAGCAGCCCACGUUCUGCUCGCACUGCAAGGAUUUCAUCUGGGGAUUUGGCAAGCAAGGCUUUCAAUGUCAAGUUUGUUCCUUCGUCGUCCACAAACGAUGCCACGAGUACGUGACGUUCAAAUGUCCCGGAGCUGAUAAAGGAGCAGACUCAGACGACACUCGUACCAAACAUGAGUUUAAAGAGUGGACCUAUUCGAGUCCCACCUUUUGCGAUCAUUGUGGUUCGUUACUGUACGGUUUAAUUCAUCAAGGGCUUAAGUGUACAGCAUGUGAUAUGAACGUACACAAGCGGUGCGAGGAAAGCGUGCCGAACUUGUGCGGCUGUGACCACACCGAAAGGAGAGGGCGCAUCCAGUUAGCCACCACAAACCAGGGCAACAAGCUCAACAUUCUAGUAAAACAGGGACGCAACUUGAUUCCAAUGGAUCCGAACGGUUCCAGCGAUCCGUACGUCAAGAUCAAGCUCAUUCCAGACUCGGAUAACGUGAAGAAGAAAACAAAAACCAUCCGAGCGUCGCUGAAUCCGGUGUGGAACGAAACCAUUUCUUUUGAUCUCAAACCCGAGGACAAGGACCGCCGGAUCCUGAUCGAGGUCUGGGACUGGGAUCGCACCUCGAGGAACGACUUCAUGGGGUCGUUGUCGUUUGGAAUUUCGGAGAUUCUGAAAAACCCCGUCGACGGUUGGUUCAAGCUGUUGACCCAGGAGGAGGGCGAAUACUACAACGUUCCGGUGCCGGAGGAGGGCACCGAUCUGGUGCAGCUCAAGAGUCAGAUGAGGAAAACGUCCAUAUCGAAGAAGCCACCGGUGCUCUGCGACAAGGACGUUCCUCACAACAUGGGCAAGAAGGAUGUGAUACGGGCUACGGACUUCAACUUCCUAAUGGUACUGGGCAAGGGAUCGUUCGGCAAGGUCAUGCUGGCCGAGCGGAAGGGAUCGGACGAGCUGUACGCCAUCAAGAUCCUGAAGAAGGACAUCAUCAUCCAGGACGACGAUGUCGAGUGCACUAUGGUGGAGAAACGAGUGCUGGCCCUGUCCAGUAAACCACCGUUCCUGGUACAACUACAUUCCUGUUUCCAAACCAUGGACCGAUUAUACUUUGUCAUGGAGUACGUCAACGGUGGUGAUCUCAUGUUCCAGAUACAGCAGUGCGGCAAAUUUAAGGAACCAGUGGCAGUAUUCUACGCAUCGGAAAUCGCCAUCGGGCUCUUCUAUCUGCACACCCGGGGCAUCGUGUACCGCGACCUGAAGCUGGACAACGUGCUGCUGGACCAGGAUGGACAUAUCAAGAUCGCCGACUUCGGCAUGUGCAAGGAGGGCAUCGUCGGUGACAAAACCACGAAAACGUUCUGCGGCACACCGGACUACAUCGCGCCGGAGAUUAUUUUGUAUCAACCAUAUGGAAAAUCGGUCGACUGGUGGGCCUACGGUGUGCUUCUGUACGAAAUGCUGGUGGGACAACCGCCGUUCGACGGAGAAGACGAAGAGGAAUUGUUUGCGGCCAUCACCGAUCACAACGUGUCGUACCCGAAGAGUUUGAGCAAGGAAGCCAAAGAUGUUUGCAAGGGGCUGUUGACCAAGAACCCGCAGAAACGUUUGGGGUGUGGAGCCCGUGGCGAAGAGGACGUCCGGGCCCAUGCGUUCUUCCGUCGGAUUGAUUGGGAAAAGAUCGAGAAUCGUGAGGUGCAGCCACCGUUCAAACCGAAGAUCAAACAUCGUAAGGAUGUGUCGAACUUUGAUCGUCAGUUCACUUCGGAGAAAACGGAUCUGACACCGACGGAUAAGCUGUUCAUGAUGAACUUGGACCAGACCGAGUUCAACGGAUUCUCCUAUCUCAAUCCGGAAUUUGUGCAACACAUCUAAGGAAUUUAGCCCGUUUUUUGGAAUGCAGCAGUCCGUUUAGCGUAGAUUCGAAAAUCGAAAUUCCCUGCUCAACAACAUCCACCAAACGAUUGAUCCAUUGAUAGCUAGAAGCCAGCAGGUGUGAAUCCAAAGAUGUGCGAGAAAAAAAAAACCCCAACUAGAUGUCGUAGGUGAAUCGUAAUAGGAAUUUUCUCAAUAUCGUGAUGUUACCCUUAAAACAAACCACUUUUGCUAUGGCACUUCGGCCAGUUUUCCAGCUAGUGUGUUUCAAAACCAGUCUACAUUUCGGUCUUCCUCUCGCUGAAAACUAACUUAGAUACUGUGAAACCAUUCGAAACGAACAAAUAUCGACACCAAAAUGCUCAGCAUCACACGCCGGCAAUAGCUUAGCUUGUGCAAAUGAAAAUGAUAAUCCGUAUGAGUUUCCAUGUCUUUUGAAAGCAAAAAUGUUGUGAGAAAUCAGUACGGAAAGUAAGAUAAAUCCAGGCCAAAUAAUCUCGUAGUUCUGUUACUUCUACUAUUUAAUGUGGCACCUUGUUAUUUACUAUACACCACAAACACACACCCGUUUUAUAUUUAAGGAGUAAAAUGUGGAAACUUUUUGAACUAUUAUUCCAUAUACAACACGAGAAGAGUAAAAGAUUGAAUCUAUUUAAUAGCAAGAAACAUAAAAAAAUAGAAAAUCCAUUGAUGUUGAAGUAGGAUGAUAAGCAUAAUACACAUACUCACCAGCAACGGGGGCGCGUUACAGUGCGCCCAAAUCUACCAGAUUUGAAUCACUCACAUAAACUUGCAUGUUUGGCACCACUUGCAAUUUGCAGAAAAGAAAAAUAGCAAGCGCGGUCCUUCUCGAUCCUUCCCUUUAGCUGUUAUCGCUUUCGCUCGCCUUCUUGGAUUGCCCAGCACGACUAUCGUGCAAUACUAAAUAUGAAUUUUAUUUCACCUGUCGUGGUUGCUAGGCAACGAGUUGUCCCCACAAAAUGCGAUAAGGUGCGACAACGGAAUGUGACGCAUUUUGGGACGUAGUAAUAGUCGGACUCACAUUAGUUAUCAAUUCUAGCACUACACACGACCUCUAGUUUGACAAAUUGCAGUACACUGUGGUUAACUUUUCACAUGUUUCAGUCUGAGAUGAGACUCGCGAAGUCGGUCUUCUUUUUCUAUGGUUGCUGAGAUUUUUUUAUUCGAUUCUGUGUUUACACAAAUUUGUGCGCUAAAUGUUCAAGCUCUUACAUGAACUCAAUGGCAAACAUAAAUCGCAUUUGCAUCGUACCAAGCUCAGACAUGCUUUUUAAGUGAAAUUUCAUAUCCGCAAUUUCUAUUGUUUGUAUUGAAAUUUUCUCUAGAGCAUUCCUUCGUUAAAUACAUCAGGGGGUUUCAAACUGUUUGGCUCACGGAGCACUUUUUAAAAUCAAAUACUGCGCGGAGCAUCUGUUCAUUUGAAAUCCGGAAAUUUUGAAACGUUUAGAUCGAUCCUGGAAAGCCUAUCAAAAUCGAGAACAGACUUUAAUGUUCAUUUUUUUUUUAUUUAGUUUGAAAACAAUUUGAAAAGAUAUACUUACAUUGGUGUUGCUUGGCAUCCAAACGGAAUUGUAUUUGGUUUUCCGCAAAAAAUACUCCGAAAUAAGAUGGUUUCAACCAGUAGAAUUGCUCUCGUUAAGAAAUUUUUUAAGUUAUGUUCAUACAAGUAAAACAUAGCUUAGUAGCAAUAUAUUCAUAAUUAACUCUCUUGAAACAUAGUGCAUGGAAAUCUUGUAAAGGUGCAACGAUAAAUGGCAUCUCUUCUUUGACACAGACAAUUAGUUUAUUUGUUAGGAUGUUUUUAUCAACCAUAACGUGUUUUAGAAAGUGAAUUGAAACCACUCCUCAAAUUUUUAAUAAGAAAAAUCAACAGUGAAGAGUGCAUUAAGCUGAAAAUUCAAUAUUUGUGAUCAUAUAUUUCGUUAUGAUUAAAUAUAUUUGAUAGCAUUUUUCACAAAAUUCAUAGUGUAUUUUCAAACAAAACUAAAGAUAUUUGACAACAUUUGGAGAUAUUUUAUGAGCUGUCGUGAACAUCUGUCCAGACUUUGAGGAGCACCUAGUGCUCUGGCGAGCAUGAUCUGAAAAACGCUGAAUAGAUCAGCAUGUGGAAAAAAACCUCGAGAAAUUUAGAAAAUUCUUUUCCACAGAUUUCAAUUGAUGAAAGAUGUUUUGGAAGCAACUGAAGAGUAAACUUUGAAGAAUGUCCAGAAAGAAACUAUGGAGUUAAAUCUAUUGUGAAAUAUUUAGACAGUGAUGGAAGAAUUGUUAGGAGAAUUCCUUGAGGAAUCUUUGAAAAAAUCUCGGACAACAUUGAUGUUGAUUUAAUCUAGAACAGGCAAUCAUUUGAGAAGUGUUUGUAAUAAUUUGUGGAGGAAUUUCUGUGUUUUGGAGUUAUCUAAUAAAAUGAAAAGAGGAAAACGAGGGAAAUCUUUUAAAAGAGAUCCUGGAAAAAUGUCUGGCAAAUUCUUUAAAAAAAUCUAAGAAAAGGAAAGAACAACUUCUUAAAAGAUUUCCUGAAAGAAAUCUUAGAUAUUUUUUGGGAUAAAUUCUCGAAGUUAUUUUUUUGCGAAAACCAUCAGCAGAAUCCUGGAGUAAUCCAAGGAUGUAAUUUUGGACGAAUAUUUUCAAUAAUUCAUGGAAGAAAUCUUCUCUUUAGGAGUUUCUGAGGCAAUCUUUUGAGGAAUAUCAGGAGCUCUCAAUGUGUUCCUCCUAAGGAGAAUCUCUGGAGAAAAUAUUGCAUUGAUCUCAUAAAGAGAACUUUAAAAAAUACUUGACUGCAAAAAUCCUGGUGUAAUCCUCUAAAAAAAUCAUGGCAAUCCAUGCAGAUCUUUGUAGCAAAAACCAUUAGGAGUAUCC